GGCCAGCUCAGGUUUUUCACGAAACUUGGUGAAUGAAUGAAGCCGCAACCUGGACGACGGGCAUAGACUAAUGCGGCAGUUCAGUGUGGUUGUUCUUGGAGCUGGGGGUGUGGGCAAGUCGGCCUUGACAGUUCGAUUCAUACGCGAUGUUUUCGUUGAGAAUUACGACCCCACAAUCGAGGAGGAAUACCGUCGGACUGUGACGGUGGAUGGGCAGCUAUCAGCUUUGGAAGUCCUCGACACUGCUGGCGCAGAGCAGUUCACCUCGUUGAACGAAGUUUAUAUCAAGUCUGGACAAGGUUUUGUGCUCGUGUUUAGUUUGACGCAGGAAGCCACCCUUAAAGAGGUCGAUAACCUUCGCAAGCAAAUCUAUCGAAUAAAGGGAGGCGAUACUACGAUUCCUAUUGUGGUUGUCGGAACCAAGCUCGACCUGGUAAACGAGAGAGAAGUGCCUCGAGCGACCAUCCAAUCACUGUCCAACCGCUGGGAUCUCCCAUUCUUUGAGACGUCGUCCAAGAAGAACUGGCAUGUCAACGAAGUGUUUGAAGACCUCUUACGACAAAUGCGGACUCGGUAUCCUGUGGAAACGCAUCAUGUUAAGAAGAAAUCCAAGACCUGUACGAUUAUGUGACGACCCCGUGGAUUGGGACACACAUCUGCUAUCUAGUUUGCUAUUUAUUUGCAACAACAACAUUUGUUAUGGACACUCACGACUGCUUGUAA